AUGCCUAAGGCUGCUCCCAAGAAGCGCAAUGCGGCCCCGCAAAGCGGCCCAUAUGCGGGCGCUGCGCCAGCCAAGACCAGUAUUUUCAAGAUGAACACAGACCUUGGUCAGCACAUAUUGAAGAACCCCGGUGUUGCACAGGCUAUUGUGGACAAGGCGGAUCUCAAGCAGAGUGAUACCGUCCUUGAAGUUGGUCCGGGAACGGGUAACUUGACCGUGAAAAUCCUGGAAAAAGCGAAGAAGGUCAUUGCCGUGGAAAUGGACCCUCGAAUGGCGGCAGAAGUUACAAAGCGUGUGCAAGGAACUCCUUCCCAGAAGCGGUUGGAUGUCAUGCUCGGAGACGUUAUCAAGACAGAGUUGCCUUACUUUGACGUCUGCAUCAGCAAUACCCCAUACCAGAUUUCGUCCCCCCUGACCUUCAAGCUUCUUGCGACCUCGCCUGCGCCAAGAGUCUGCAUUCUCAUGUUCCAGCGUGAGUUCGCGAUGCGUCUGUUUGCAAAGCCCGGCGACAAGCUCUACAGCCGACUUUCCGUCAAUGCCCAAAUGUGGGCCAAGAUCGACCAUAUUAUGAAAGUGGGCAAGAACAACUUCAAGCCGCCCCCAGCCGUCGAAUCGAGCGUGAUCCGCAUGGCCCCGAAGAACCCGCGCCCGCAAAUUAGCUAUGACGAGUGGGAUGGUCUGUUACGUAUUGCAUUUGUGCGAAAGAACAAGACACUCCGCUCUAGCUUCUUCACAACGAGCAUUCUCGACAUGAUUGAGAGCAAUUACAAGACAUUCUGCGCACAAAACGAUAUCCCAUUGGACGAUAGCCCCCUGGACAACGCUCACGGCGAAGACACAGCCAUGGAUGCUAUCGAAGAUGAAAACAUGGACGAGGAUAUGGAAGUCGAUGACGACGAGGACUUGCCUGCUUUCUUCAAGGAGGAGGCGGACCGAAAGGCCAAGCUUAAGAAUGGGAAGCAGUCCAGGAAGAAGAAGGGUAAAGUGGCGGAAUUAGUGAGAGAGAAAGUGCGCAGGGUGCUCGAGGAUGAAACGGAAUUGGCGGAUAAGCGUGCCCGUAUGUGUGACGAAGGUGAUUUCUUGAAGCUUCUGUGGGCAUUCAAUCAGGAGGGAAUCCAUUUUACCUGA